AUGAAAGUUGACAUUGAAGAAGUACACAGUGUCUUUGCAUGGACGUGGCAUAUCCCAAAGGACAACAAGGAUGGAUCCUUGGAAGCUGAUGAUGACGAUGAUGUUUGUGGGAUUUGCAGGGCAAGUUAUAAUGCAACUUGUCCUAGUUGUAAGUAUCCGGGAGAUGAAUGCUCAUUAGUUGUUGGUGAAUGUAACCAUAAUUUCCACGUUCACUGUAUCUACAGGUGGUUGGACACUACAACAUCAAAAGGACUAUGUCCUAUGUGUAGGCAGCUAUUCCAAUUGAAGAGAGGAUUAGCUAUUAACGAUUCGCAAUUGGAAAAAUUUAAAGAGCUACAGUUGAGGAAGAGAACUAAUACUGCAGGUGAAUUUGCUGACGAAGAUGAUGAAGAAGCAAUUGAAAGAGCAAUGGCUCAACAAGAUCAAGCUGAAGUUGACGAUCAGGGAGACGUUAUUAUGGAUCAAGGUUUAGUAGUAAGGUAA